AUGACAACAAAAGAGGAAAGUGAUUUCGUCGUGGGGUCCCACAUCGCCCACUCAGGAGAAGACAACGAUAAGAAGUCGCUCGAGAAAAUGAAGGACGAGGAGGCCGUGUUUGAAGCACAUGACGGGGAAUUAGAAUUCCAAACGCUCAACUGGCCAAUGGCUGCUAUCGUCAUGACUAAGAUUCAAUUCGGUUUAGGUAUCUUAUCCGUCCCUUCCGCUUUUGCAACUCUCGGUGCCGUGCCCGGUGUAAUCAUCCUCCUUGUGAUGGCUGCAAUGACUACCUGGGGCUCUAUUGUCACCUACAACUUCCGCCAGCAUCACAAAUCCACUCACUCCGUCCCGGAUAUCGCCAUGAUCAUGGGAGGUGAGACUGCCCGAAUCUGUCUCUUUUCUUUCUAUAUUCUCUAUGUUAUUUUCGUAUUGGGGGCUCAGCUACUCUCUAUUUCUAUCGCUUUCAACGCAAUUACUGCACAUGGAACGUGUACAGUUGUAUUUACUAUCGUCGCUAUGGUUCUAGUCGCCUCAGUUGGCUCACUUAGAACAUACAGGAUGCUUUCUUGGCUUGCCUGGAUUGGCGUUUUUUGCAUCCUCGCUUCCGUUCUCAUUCUCACUAUCGCCGUCGCCGUCGGUUCGGAUAGACCUGCCGCCGCGCCAUCUACUGGUCCUUACGAUAAGGAGGUUGCCGCUACUGAAACUGCCACUUUCGCUGAUGCUAUGCUGGCUAUUGUCAAUCUGCUUUUCGCUUAUGCUGCUAGUCCAAUGUUCGUUUCCAUCUUACCGGAGAUGCGCAAACCAAAGGAUUUCCCUAAGGCUCUUUAUAUGUGCCAAGGAAGCAUUACUGUGGUCUACAUCGCACUGGGUGUCACCAUUUACUACUAUACGGGCCAGUACAUUGCCAGUCCUGCACUGGGUAGUGCGACUGAGGUAAUCAAGCGUGUUUCAUACGGUGUCGCCCUGAUCGGUCUCAUUGCAGGCGGCUCCAACAUCUGCCACUCGCUCGCCAUAGCCAUAUUCGUACAGUCAAUGCGCAACAGCCCUCACUUCAAAGCGAAUACGUGGGUGUUCUGGGCAGUGUGGCUGGGGUGCGCACUCGGUGUGUCAAUUCUCGCAUUCAUCAUCGCAUCUGUUAUCCCCUUCUUCGAUUCACUCCUUGGACUUAUCGGAUCCGUCUUCUCGAGCUUCUUCUGCAUCUGGUUCAACGCUAUCGUCUGGUUCUACCUCUACUUCCCCCAGGAGCCUAACAGGAGUUGGCUGGAUGGGUUUAAGAAGAAGAGCACGUCGCACUGGAUCAAGUCUAUCGUCAACGUAUCCAUCGUCGUCAUUGGCGUCUUUGUCACCGUUGGUGGUCUCUACGCUUCCGUUAUAUCUAUCAGAGAUCAGUUCGACGCUGGCCUCGUUGGCGAACCCUUCUCUUGCGCAGAUACUUCGGCUACCUCGUGA